CAACCCGCAGCCUUGCGAGCCUCCGAGCCAUGGCGUGCGCAGGGUUGCUCGCUGUAUGCUUGCUCCGGCCACCCGCACCCCAGCCGCCGCGACACCCCGCGCCUGCCGCGGGACACGCGCUUUUCCAGGAUGUUUUCCGCAGAGCAGACAAGAAUGACGAUGGGAAGCUCUCCUUUGAAGAAUUCCAGAAUUACUUUGCUGAUGGGGUUCUCAGCUCAGUGGAGCUGCGGGAACUGUUCAGCGGAAUCGAUGGGCAUCUCACCGACAAUUUAGAAACAGAGAAACUGUGUGACUAUUUCUCCAAACACCUGGGCAUCUACCGGCCGGUGUUGGCAGCACUGGAGUCACUGAACCGUGCGGUGCUCACUGCCAUGGACACCACAAAGCUGGAGUAUGAGCAGGCCUCCAAGGUGGACCAGUUUGUCACACGGUUCCUGCUUCGAGAGACUGUGAGUCAACUACAAGCCCUGCAGAGCUCCCUGGAGGGGGCAUCAGACACCCUGGAGGCCCAGGCCCGAGGUCAACGGCUGAAUGAAGAACACAUGCAAGUGCAGAGUAGGUCCCGUAGCAGCCGGCGGGCAGGGCGCAGAGCCCUGAAGAGCAGCUGGUCACCAGCCUGGUCUCCUGGAUCCUCUGAUACAGGGUGGACUUCAGAGGCUGAACUGCAGUGGCGGCUGCAGGUCAAUCGCCUCCAGGAGCUCAUAGACCAGCUUGAAUGCAAGGCACCCCGUCUGGAACCCCUGCAAGAGGACCUUGCCAAGGGGCCUGACUCGCACAUCCUUGUGGCGCAGAGACAGGUCCAGGUGGCAGAGGAUGCCCUGCAGGAUUUUCACCGUGCCCUGUGCUGCUAUAUGAACUUCACAGGGGCCCAGAGCCAUUGUCUACAUGUGUCUGCCCAGAAGAUGCUAGACCAUGCUGCCUUCACCCUCUAUGAAUUCUGGCAGGAUGAAGCCUCCUGGAGAAGGCACCAGCAGUCGCCCUGCAGCAAGGCCUUCCAACGUACUCUCAUUGACCACCUGCAGGCCCCGGACUCUCUCACCACUGUGCUCUUCCCAGGUGUGUUGUGCCUGUGCUUCAAACAGCUCUGGGACCAGGAGGGGCAGCCCUCCCCCAGCUCCUGACCGCCCAACCUCUCACCCACAGCCUCCUGGUGGAUUAUGAAUAAUAACUGAGUCGGGUCUGCUUAAGCUGGUGACUCUGCAGCACGGCCCAUCACUCUAGAGCCUUCUGCAUGGGUCAACUCUACACUAAGACCAAGAAGCCUGCCUGUUCUCAGGCUAAGGGCCUGAUCAGCUGGUAGAGGGGCUUAGCACAGGGAUCAGGGACUGGGUUGCCUGCUUAUUUAUUUUGCUGUUUGUAGCUUCCAAGCACCUGAGCUUCUGCCUGACUGGGGAAGCCUGUGUGACCCAGGCUGAUCCCUUCCCUCUCUGGCUGCCUAGGAGUGUCCUGCUUUCUGUUUGUUGUUUUGGGAUUAGGUUUCUGUUCUUCCUCAACCAGCGGCAGAACCAGGGCUGAUGCUCAGGGACCCCCUCAAACCCUGGAACCUUGACCCCUGAGGCUAGGCCAACUCAGUCUGUAGUGUAGAAACCCAGGAUGUCUAUCACUCUUCUGGGUCAAAACUAGAAUUUCUAGCAUCAAUUUGUUGUAUCAGAGACCUCUGGAGUAUCCUGGGUUGGUUUGCAUGUCAUUUGCAUAUCAUUUGCAUGUUCUGCCCCACCCAUGCUCAGGGCACUAUGAGAAGCCCCAAGAAGACCUUGCAGAGUAGCAAUAAUUUGGGCCUAGAGUUGCCUGUUGCCCCCAGAGAUCUGAGUCCAAGUCUAGGAACCCAGCACAGAGGCAAUAAAGUUGGUGUUUACCUGUGGUAUUGCCUCUGUCUGUC